AUGCAGAGUUGUGAGGUUGAGGCCAUUGGCAUCAACUACAAGAUCCACACACACAAAACGGAGCACCCUUUUAAAAUCUUCAGCAAGUCUCCACAACUGGAUAUUGAAGAAGAUGGUCAAGAAGCUGAAGAGGAAGCAAAAGGUGAACAAAGUUGCAGUGGAGUUAGGCAUGUGCUGAAGAAUGUGAGUUGCCAAGCCAAGCCAUGGGAAAUCCUAGCAAUUGUUGGGCCAAGUGGAGCUGGAAAAUCAUCACUGCUUGAGAUUCUUGCUGGUAAACUUAAUCCACAAAGUGGGUCUGUGUUGGUGAACCACAAGCCUGUGGACAAAGCUAAGUUCAGGAAGCUUUCAGGGUAUGUUACACAAAAGGAUAUUUUGUUUCCCUUACUUACAGUUGAAGAAACAAUGAUGUUUAGUGCAAAGCUAAGACUAAAGCUUCCUCAAAAAGAAAUAUGUUCCAGGGUCAAGUCACUGAUUCAAGAGCUUGGACUUGACCAUGUUGCUGGGACUCGAAUUGGCGAUGACAGGGUCCGAGGUAUAUCUGGUGGUGAGAGGCGUAGAGUUUCUAUUGGUGUUGAAGUCAUACAUGAUCCAAAAGUGCUUAUUCUUGAUGAACCAACUUCAGGGCUUGACAGUACAUCUGCUCUUCAAAUAAUUGAUAUGCUUAAGGUCAUGGCUGACACUAGGGGCAGAACCAUAAUCCUUAGCAUCCAUCAACCUGGGUUCAGAAUUGUGAAGCUGUUCCAUUCAGUGUUGUUGUUAGCCAAUGGCUCUGUGUUAUACCAUGGCACUACAGAUUUGCUUGGUGUGAAUCUAAUAUUAAUGGGUUUAGAGCUUCCCCUUCAUGUUAAUGUAGUAGAAUUUGCCAUUGAGUCCAUUGACACCAUUCAGCAACAACAAAAAUGGACAAUGCAACAGAAGAAAGGAGAUGAUGAACAAGGUGAGAGUAGAAGUGGUAAGUUUACUCUGCAACAGCUCUUUCAACAGUCCAAGGUAAUUGAUGAAGAAAUCAUCAACGCUGGAAUCGAUUACACUUGUGAUUUUGCUAAUUCUAGAUUGAGAGAAACUAUGAUUCUCACUCAUAGGUUCUCCAAAAACAUCUUUCGUACAAAAGAGCUCUUUGCAUGUAGGACAAUUCAGAUGCUGAUUUCUGGGCUCGUUUUGGGGUCCAUAUUUUGCAACCUCAAGGAUGAUCUAGGGGGAGCAGAAGAAAGGGUAGGUCUAUUUGCUUUCAUAUUAACGUUUUUGUUAUCAAGCAGCAUAGAAGCUCUACCAAUUUUUAUGCAAGAAAGGGAGAUUCUAAUGAAGGAGACAUCUUGUGGAAGCUACCGUGUAUCAUCCUAUGCUAUUGCCAAUGGCCUAGUUUAUUUGCCUUUUCUUCUCAUCCUAGCUAUUUUGUUCACAAUACCCUUAUACUGGCUUGUUGGGCUCAAUCGGAAUUUCACAGCGUUUUUGCACUUUUUGUUGCUGAUAUGGCUGAUUCUUUAUACGGCCAAUUCAGUUGUGGUGUGUUUCAGUGCUCUGGUGCCUAAUUUCAUUGUUGGAAAUUCAGUGAUUGCUGGUGUCAUUGGAUCAUUCUUCUUGUUCUCUGGAUACUUCAUAUCUAAGAAUGAAAUUCCAAAUUACUGGAUUUUCAUGCAUUAUAUAUCUCUGUUUAAGUAUCCGUUUGAAGGGUUCCUGAUCAAUGAGUUCUCCAACUCAGGGAAAUGCUUAGAGUACAUGUUUGGGGCAUGUAUGAAGAGCGGAGAGGAUGUGCUUAAAGAAGAAGGUUAUGGGGGAGAGAGUAGUAGAUGGAAGAAUGUUGGGGUCACGGUGUGCUUCAUCAUGGUCUACAGGUUCAUUUCUUAUGUUAUUCUUAGAUACAGAUGCUCGCAGAGGGGGUUCAGCAGUGUUGUCAUCCUCUAG